CACGAGGGGCAUUGUGCGUCCUGUGUGUGACUUGGGGCCAUUAUUCAGAGCUUUGUGAUGCCCGGCAUUGUCCGCCCCGGGGGCCCAUUGUUGUGCCGCACGGUUGCGGUGGCCACGGCAGGUUUGUGCUGACGCUGGGCCCGCGGGGGGCAUGCGGGGGGCUGAUAUGGCCGGAAGACGAGGUCAGCGCGAGCCACACUCACCAGCGGAGCAGCCCGGCGGGCACGGACAUGGACUAGGAGAGGAGCCGCCGCCUCCUGCAGAACAGCGCCAGUGCCGCACACGCUCCCCACGUACGCCUCCUGCGAGACGCAGCACGGUCGCAGGCAUGCAGGAAUCCCCCGGCUCGCUUGGCGUGGACGGAAGCUACGCCAGCAACGUCCCGGCCUUCCUCACCAAACUGUGGACCCUGGUGGAGGACCCCGAGACCAGCCACCUCAUCUGUUGGAGCGCGAGUGGCACUAGUUUCCAUGUGUUUGAUCAAGGCAGGUUUGCCAAGGAGGUUCUGCCCAAGUACUUCAAACACAACAACAUGGCAAGUUUCGUAAGGCAGCUCAACAUGUACGGAUUCCGGAAGGUGGUGAACAUCGAGCAAAGCGGCCUGGUGAAGCCGGAGAGGGACGACACGGAGUUCCAGCACCUUUACUUUCUGCAAGGCCACGAGCACCUGCUGGAGCACAUCAAGAGGAAGGUGUCCGUCGUGAAGAGCGAGGAGACCAAGGUGCGCCAGGAGGACCUGAGCAAGCUGCUGUACGAGGUGCAAGUGCUGCGCAACCAGCAGGAGAACAUGGAGUGCCAGAUGCAGGACAUGAAGCACCAGAACGAGGUCCUGUGGAGAGAGGUGGUGUCCCUGAGACAGAACCACACGCAGCAGCAGAAGGUCAUGAACAAACUGAUCCAGUUCCUCUUCAGUCAGAUGCAGUCAAACACAUCCAGCUCUGUUGCGAUGAAGAGGAAACUACCACUGAUGCUGGAUGACGGCUCCACCAGCCCGCCGGUCUCCAAGUACAGCCACAGCCUGCCUGUGGAGCCCAUGCACGAGCCCUACUUCAUCCAGUCGCCAUCAGCAGAAGCCACCCACUGUUCCAGCAGCAAUGUGCUGGCUGGAGGACCAAUCAUUUCUGAUGUUACUGAGAUGUCACAGUCAGGCUCCAUGGGAAUGCCUACACAGGGGGAGGACUCCAGGGAGAAGUGUCUGAUGCUGAUCAAGGAGGAGCCGGUGAGCCCAGGGGUCCAAGGGCCCGGCGAGGGGAUGCCUCUGGGAUCCUGCCAGGCGUUCGCCGAGCCCCCCAUCCUGCCUGUCGCCAUGGUGCAAUCCGUCCUGGAGGGUCGUGGCUCUGGAGCUGGAGAGAGGAGGAGCAAGAGAGUCCUGGAGAGGUCAGACAUCCCUGACAAUGUGGAGAACGUAGACAUGAGCCUGGAGGACCUGCAGCUGCUGCUGAGGAACCACCAGCAGGGUAUGGAACCCGCAACAGCCAUGGAUGUGAGUACAGCCAAGCGUCCGUGCUGCCAAAGCCAAAGAAACUUCCCGUAUCCAGACCCUGCAACGCGUGGUGACGUCACAAUCGAUUCAUCUCUCCCGAAACAGCCUUUCAAUGCCGGCCUUCCUUUGAGCGAGUGGAACUUCACAGAUAUAGAGGCCAACCUGAAAUCGUACAUGUUCCAGCACCAAGAUCCGGACGUGUUCGGUAAUGCCGGCUGCGAGGAACAGUGAGCGCCGACAGGACGGAAAGUUACAGUCUCUGCCUGCAACCUGUCCAGAAAGACUGGACACGAGCGGUUAUCACAGGCCAAACGGAUGCCGACGUUUGAAGAUUAAUUUCAGUCCACGAUUUCUAGAGUCCUCUUGAGUCCUCCGUGCCUGAUUGUGAGGAUCCACAUCACUCACAGCCAUGUUGUCCCGCCCUCGGGCACGGAGGCUUUGCAGACACUUCCCUCCAAAUCUGACCAGACCUCAAUCUGUGCACUUGCAAGGAGGGUAAGAGUCCCCUUCAGGCGCGGAGACUGCGACAACGGAGCGUCGUACCCGAGCCUACGCGAGCGAUCGCCGACCUUCGGCGGUGAAGCGAAGCGGCCGGCACUUCGAGCGGCUCACACCCACCGCGCAGGGCCUUGAGCAGUGUGUCAUGUGACAAAGAGGGCAAUUUUCGCUGUUGUGAUGCACUUGGGAGCGAGCUGCACGCCCGAUCUCACCCGGUCCAUUCCGUAGCGGCCAAAGUUUGUCUGCACUUUUUUUCAGAGACACUGUCUGCAAGUGGACUGGGUGGUUUUGUGUUUGUUUGUAUGCGAUUAUAAAUUUCUGCAAUGUGAGUAUUUGUAAGAGGGUGCAUAUUUUGAGCAAACAAAGGAUGAAUGAUUAUUAUUCUUUGUUCAUAUAUCAUAAAUCCUGCAACUAAAUUUUGAAAGACAUAUUUUAAGACAAAGAAGACCAUAUUUGCUUUUUUGCACAAUACUUUGAGUCAAUAUUUAUCAAUUUUUCCAGUUUUUCUUCAGACGCAGUACUUUUCUGUAGAGGUACUGAGGAACUUUGGAUUUUAUACUGUUUCAUUUAAUGGUGUCCAUGAUGAACGGCUUUACUGUAUAUAAUCUGUGAACGAAUGAAUGGUUUUGAAAGACAGACAUCCCUUCCAAACGUAUCCUUCCACUCGUGGUGUGGGAAUAAAAACCUACUUCACUCUUUUUUUAGCCCAUUGCUGAAGGAGAGAUAUUUCCUGCAAAGACACUCCAUGCUACCAAGGAGGCAUGAGCCCCCCGCCCCCGCUUUUCAACCUCAGCAGAUACGUUGCCUUUGCUACGGCAUCCAGAUGGCGGAGGUGGAUUUGAGCGUUGGCUUUGGUCUGCGGGUCAAGCACCACAGUUGGUGGCCACCCCUCUUAACGAGAAGGGCGCCUUAAGAAAUUGGCUCUCGGAGACUGCAAGAGUUGACUGUCGGUAUCUUUCUAGAUCCCUGGAAAACUGUUUCUCCGCUGCAGAAAUCAAGCAGGAUUUUCCCAACUACAGGAGUUAAAUACAGUUAAAGGUCAUAGGAAACAAGUUACCAAGAGGCCCGAUAGCAAUGGAAUGUGUCCUAGUCGCUCUUGACCCUGUCAUUCUCAUUAGCCAUCCCUCCUUGCCCCCCGCCAUCCAUCUCUACCCUCUAGUCUUCCGGAAUAGAGGGCCUCGAUACACAAUCUGCUCCAUGUGGGUGGAGGAGCCUCUGGUUGGAACUGGGGUUCUGCUCUGGGCGCUGGUUUCCAUCCACCGCACCCUCGUCACGAGUGGAGGUAUGGAGAGGAAUGGAGAAAAGGCUGAGGUUUCAGACCAACUUCUGUCACGUCCUAGUGUAGGGGAAGAGUUAGUUUCCAGAGAAAUUGCACUGAACUGUGACUACCGUCAAGCUAUGAAGCACUAUUAAAACAACCGAGUACAUAAAGAGUAUUCCACCCGAAUAUGGUCAUUAGGUUUUUGCCGAAGGGUUGGCACAGAACCGUACAAGUGUAAAACUGCGUGCCCGGAGAAGCACGCAUCUGUUACAUAGAGCAUAGAUUUUGGUGCGGAGAGGAAAAAGGACCACGUAUGUGUUGAUUCUGAGUCGUAGCACCGAGACCCCGGUGUCUGAACUCGCUCUAUACUUGUACGCUUUGGGCUGGAAUGUUAUUGUCGCCAUCACUAAUGGGACAAAGACAGAUGGAAAAACACUAAUGCGCAAGGGUGUUUCAUUACUUCCUUACCAUGAAACCACAUCCCGUAUUUCUGAAUUUUAGCCGUUUUCUUGAGUUGAAAACUUAACAUUGUGCAAUAUUAUACAUUUGUGAAAUUUCACUUUGAUGCAAUAUGACAAUGACCAUUGGAAUGUAAAGACUUUUCCUGUAGAGACGACGCAUCACAGGACGUAACACCAAUGUGGCAAUGAAACUAAUUGCACUAGGAAUGCUCAUUGGAUUAGAUUUAGCAGACUUUGGCACAAUUUACUCUGUAUUGUUUUAGUUUUUACUAUUUAGUUUUACUUUCUCUGGUUUGGGAUGAGGUCAUUGCUUAUGAAAUUUUCAUUUAAAUGCAAUAAACAGCUGUGUUUAUUUUCAUUUGAUG